AGUGCCUUCCGGGUGCGAGGAUAAGCUAACUGGGCGGAGCCGCGGCCGCAGAGCCCGGGCGCAGUCGGAGCGGACAGGUUCCGACGCCGGCGCGAUGUGGCUGUUGCUGCUGCCGCUGGCUGCGCUGCUGCUGCUGGCCGUCCUCGGCAAAGUUUGCAAGGGGUUGUUCUCCAGCAGCUCCCCGAACCCCUUCUCCGAGGAUGUCAAGCGGCCACCCGCGCCCCUGGUGACCGACAACGAGGCCAGGAAGAAGGUUCUCAAGCAAGCUUUCUCAGCCAGCCGAGUGCCAGAGAAGCUGGAUGUGGUGGUCAUAGGCAGUGGCUUUGGGGGCCUGGCGGCAGCGGCGAUCCUAACCAAAGCUGGCAAGCGAGUUCUGGUGCUGGAACAACAUACCAAGGCGGGAGGCUGUUGUCAUACGUUCGGACAGAAUGGCCUUGAAUUUGACACGGGAAUCCAUUAUAUCGGGCGCAUGCAGGAGGGCAGCUUUGGCCGUUUUAUCUUGGACCAGAUCACUGAGGGGCAGUUGGACUGGGCUCCCACGGCCUCUCCCUUUGACAUCAUGGUACUAGAAGGGCCCAAUGGCCAAAAGGAGUUUCCCAUGUACAGUGGGGAGAAAGCCUACGUACAGGGCCUCAAGGAGAAGUUUCCCCAGGAGGAAGCUGCCAUCGACAAGUAUAUAAGGCUGGUUAAGGUGGUAUCCAGAGGAGUCAGUCAUGCCAUCUUGUUGAAGAUCCUCCCGCUGCUCAUGGUUCAGGUCCUCAACAAGUAUGGGCUGCUCACCCAUUUCUCUUCGUUCCUCCAUGCAUCCACCCAGAGCCUGGCCGAGGUCCUGCGGGAGCUGCCAGCCUCCCCGGAGCUCCAGGCCGUGCUCAGCUACAUCUUUCCCACUUAUGGCGUGACCGCCAGCCUCACCACCUUUGCCAUGCAUGCUCUGCUGGUUGACCACUACAUAAAAGGGGCCUUUUAUCCCCGAGGGGGUUCCAGUGAAAUCGCUUUCCACACCAUCCCUGUGAUUCAGCGGGCCGGGGGUGCUGUCUUGACGAGGGCCCCUGUGCAGAGCAUCUUGCUGGACUCAGCUGGGAAAGCCUGCGGUGUCACUGUGAAGAAGGGUCAGGAGCUGGUGAGCAUCUAUUGCCCCGUCGUGAUCUCCAACGCAGGAGUAUUCAACACCUAUGAGUACCUGUUGCCAGAGAAGGCCCGCUGUCUGCCAGGUGUGAAGCGGCAGCUGGGGAUGGUGCGGCCCGGCUUGAGCAUGUUCUCUGUCUUCAUCUGCCUCCGAGGCACCAAGAAGGACCUGGGGCUGCCGUCUACCAACUACUACGUUUAUUUUGAUACAGACAUGGACAUGGCGAUGGAGCACUACCUCUCUCUGCCUGCGGACAAGGCUGUAGAGCACAUGCCCGUUCUCUUCAUUACUUUCCCGUCAGCCAAGGACCCGUCGUGGGAGGACCGGUUUUCAGGCCGCUCCACAGGGGUCGUGCUGGUGCCCACCUCCUAUGAGUGGUUCGAGGAGUGGCGGGACGAGCCCCAGGGAAAGCGGAGCAGCGGCUACGAGACCCUCAAGAGCUCCUUUGUUGAAGCCGCUCUGUCGGUCGUCCUGAAGCUCUUCCCACAGCUGGAGGGGAAGGUGGACAGUGUGACUGGAGGGUCCCCGUUGACAAAUCAGUUCUACCUGGCAGCUCCCCGGGGGGCCUGCUACGGGGCUGACCACGACCUGGGCCGCCUGCAUCCUGGUGCGAUGGCCUCCAUGAGGGCCCAGAGCCCCAUCCCCAACCUCUACCUGACAGGCCAGGAUGUCUUCACCUGUGGGUUGAUGGGAGCCCUGCAAGGGGCCCUGCUGUGCAGCAGUGCCAUCCUGAAGCGGAACCUGUACUCAGAUCUUCAGAAGCUUGGCUCAAGGGUCCAGGCACAGAAGAAGAAGAACUAGUUUGGUCAGGGAUGAGUCAGAGGAAAUUUGGCCAGUGCUCCGGCACAGCCCCUGACUUAACCCAUGUCUUUCUGAUCACGUAAAGUACUCGUUUUUAAUUUCUGAAUAAGAGUCCGACGCAGAAGUGUAGCAUAGAUGGCGCUUUUUUUUUUUUUUCGGUUGUGCUGCACGGCAUGUGGGAUCUUACCCCGACCAGGGAUUGAAGUCCGUGCCCUCUGCAGUGGGAGUGCAGACUCUUAACCACUGGACUGUCAGGCAAGUCCCUAGAUGGUGGUUCUUAAACUGAAGCUCUUCCAGCCAGGCAGGUGGUGAUCCUUCAUACCUUUUUUUUUUUUUUUUUGCGGUACGCGGGCCUCUCACUGUUGUGGCCUCUCCCAUUGCGGAGCACAGGCUCGGGACGCGCAGGCUCAGCGGCCAUGGCUCACGGGCCCAGCCGUUCCGCGGCAUGUGGGAUCUUCCCGGACCGGGGCACGAACCCGUGUCCCCUGCAUCGGCAGGCGGACUCUCAACCACUGCGCCACCAGGGAAGCCCCUUUCAUACCUUUUAUAACAUGCUGUCUCUACGAAAGGCCCAGCGUGGGUUACUGACUUGGGUGACUUUAAUGGUUCAUCAGGCAGCGCUCUGCAUCCCGCACCCACACCUCCUAACUCAGAGCCAUCAAACCAAAUAUUCUUUUGUCAGGUGGCCAGAACCCUUGAGUGUGGGUCGGCUGAAGCAGGGUGGUCCCACUGGCCCGAGGCUUCUCUUCCCACUCCCCCUUAGUGCCUCUCCGCGGGAGUUCUACACAGCGGAGAGAGGGUGCCUGAUGAGCACGGUUUGGGUUGUAGUUCCAUAGGUUGAGGCUCCAGAGCCCAUUUUUCUGGUUCCACUGGCUUUCAGCGGGUGGGGAAACGCCUGUGAUAGGGUCCAUGUGGACGUGGGGGCAGGGGGCUGACAGGACGCAUCAGUUAGCGAGGUGUAUGUUACAGAAGGACAUCCAAUGCGCAUGCAGCCAGGGCCUAGGCUCGUCUUCCUUAUGAUGGGGGUUAAAUUGGGUUCUCACCAUGCCAGCAUCAAGAUACCCUCCCAGACCUCAGGGCCUGAGCCUCGAGACUUAGCUUCCUAAAAUACACAGCGAGACGGGGGCGUUCGCCGUCAGGGCAGAGGCCUGGAAAGACAACUUCCCUGGGGUUGAUGCAGGUGGAGAGAGCUUUCAAGCCAAGGGUACAGCAAAGGACGAGCCCUAAGAGGUAACGAGUGUAUUAUGACAAGAAGCCCAGCUACUCCCAACCUAGGACAAGGGCUGCCUGGUGAGGAGGAGGAGGUUGGCAGGCAGUCAAUCAGAACAUGGAAAAUUACAGACCACGUGCAAAGCUUGGGAAUGCGUUUCCGGUGUAUUGGUUCUUACGUGGGGAUUGGGUGGGAAGGUGAGUGAAGGCUAAAGGUUUAAAAAAAAAAUGACCUUCCACUUACGUUAGGCCUUAUUUUAAUCAAUUUCAAUACAGUACUAAUAAAUUUAUUAAGGGGGAUUAAGAGGUACAAUAUAAUCGAUACUGAAAUAACUUUGUAUGGUGACAGAUGGUUACUAGACUUACUGUGUUCAAUUUGCAAUGUAUACAGAUAUCGAAUCACUAUGUUGUACACCUGAAACUAAUAUAAUGUCGUAUAUCGACUGCUUUUUAAAAAAUAAGGAGAAAAAUUAAAUUUAAUGAUUUUAGAGCUUUAA